AUGGAAAUCCUAGGCGAGUUACAAAUAGAACUGCUUCCAAAUGUAUUCAAGAAUAUUGAAAAAGUGGAACUACGGAACUUGAUUGCGGAUGAACAUCUGCCACAGUUAUUAUAUUAUAUUGUUUCCGCAUUAUUUCAAAGAAUUUUCGUUCUUGGGGGUACUAUUGAUACUUUUCCCACUGAAUGGAAGCUCCCAAAUUUGGAACUGUUGAUAAUUUAUGACAGCUCAAGAAUAGUGAUUGUGACUGCUUCCAGCAUUAACUCAUUAAAUUUCCCGAAAAUAGAAAGAUUUGAAAUAUCGGAAGAAAUUGUUCUGGAUUUUUUGAGUCACAUGGAUUCAGAGAAUUGA